AUGAAAAAUUCAGGUUAACCAGUACUUUUUAUAGAUAUUACAGAAACAAAAGACGAAUUAAACAAUAAAAAUUAUUAAUUUAACAUAACACCUGAAGCAAUAUAAUUAUUACAAUAAAUUGGUGAUAGAAAUAUUGCAGUAUUAGUAAUAGCCGGUCCAUAAAGAACAGGAAAAUCUUUUUUAGCAAAUCGAUUUUUAAAAUAAAUGGAUGGUUUCGCAAUUGGUCCAAGUACAAAUCCUUGCACAAAAGGCAUUUGGGUUUGGAAUAAACCUGUAAAAUUAAAUGAAACUACUGAUAUGAUAAUUUUAGAUACAGAAGGGUUAAAUUCAAUUUAAAGAGAUUUAACAAUUGAUAUGAAAAUUUUUUCCAUUUCUGUAUUACUUGCAAGUAUGUUUAUUUAUAAUAAUCUUGGACAUAUAGACGAAUCAGCAAUUGAAAAUUUAUCUUUGGUUGUUAGAUUAAGUGAAAAUAUAUGCAUUUAAAAAAUGUCAGACGGAGAUGCAAAAUUAGGAGAAUUUUUUCCUUCUUUUUAUUGGAUAUUAAGAGAUUUUUCAUUAGAUUUAAGAGGAAUUACACCAAAAGCUUAUUUAGAAAAUUGCUUAAAACCAUUACCUGGAAACACUUCAGAAAUAAUUAAAAAAAAUGAAAUUAGAGAUAAAUUUAGAUAAUAUUUUUAAAUAAGAGAUUGUGAAGCAUUAGUACGUCCUUUAGAUGAAGAACACAAAUUAGCGAGGAUUGAAAAAUAACCCUGGAAUUCAUUAAGACCAGCAUUCAUAGAAGGAGUUACAAAUAUCGAAAAAAAAGUAUUUUAAGGAAUUAAAGCUAAAAGCAUUAUGAAUAAAACUUUAACAGGAAAAAUGCUAAUGGGUUUAGUAAUGGAAUAUUUAUAAGCAAUUAAUACUGGAGGAAUUCCGAAUAUAAUGAAUAGUUUAGAAGCCGUUGUGAGUAGUUAAGUAAGAAGGGAACAUGAAGAGGCCCGAAGUUAAUAUUUGCAGAAUGUUAGUUAAGCAUUUUCACCUGAAAAAUUACCUAUAGAUGAAGAAAUAUUAAUAGAAUAACAUAGAGUUAUUGUUGAUAAUGUAUUUUCAGAAAUGUAAAAAAGAUCAAAAAGCUUUAUUGAUGCUGAAUAAUUAAUUGAAAUUCGAAAAGAUUUAUAAGAAUUGAUAAAUACGGAAUUUAAUAUUAAAAUUUAACAAAAUAAAGAACUUUCUUUGAAUUCUUGUAAAAAUGUAUUGUUAAAAUUUAUGAAUUAAUUCUCUUUACCAAAUAUAUAAAAUCCUGAUUAAAUUAAUGUGUCUUUUUAAGAAAAAAUUGAUGAUUUUUAAAGAUUUUUAAAAAAUUAUUUAAUUAAUUAAAAAGGAAAUGGAAAAUAUAAAGUUUUUUCAGAGGUUUUUCCUGGUUUUAUAUUUGGGUAUUUUAAAUAAUGUUUCGAAAAAAUGAACUCAGUUUAUAAUGAGGAAGUUAACAGAAAUAAAGUCAAAGUUAAAUAAGUUAAUGAAUAAGCGGAAUUAUUAAGAAACUCUAUUAAAGAAUAUGAAAGAUUAACUCUUGAUUUAUAAAGGGAAAUCGAAUAAUAGAAAAGUUAAUUGGAAAAACUUUCAAGAGAAAAUAGUAAAACUAAAAUGUUUUAAGAAUAAGAUGAUAAAAGCUCUUUUGGAUAAAUCGAAUAACUAUAGCUUUAAAUAAAAAAUAAAAAAGAAAAAAAUAAAUAAUUGAAAUAAGAAAAUUUAGAAGCAUCUGAAAAUUUAUAUAAAGUAAGAAGUGAACUUAAUUAAAAGAAAAAAGAAAUAUAAGGGUUAAAAAGUGAAAUCGAUGAAUUAAAAAAAUUGACAAAUAAUAGUACAGGAUUGGGUAAUGAUUAGGAAAUUUAAGAAGUAAUUACUGCAGUUAGGAAUUUAAAAAAUUAAAUAACUUUUAUGGAUAAUUUUUUUAGUACUCGAAAUUCAAUAGAAUCUAGUUAUGCCUCUUCUUAAGAUACACAAAUAAAAGAAUAUGAAUAAUUUAGAAUGGAAAAAUAAAAAAUAAUUCAAGAUUAUAAAAACAAGUUGGAUUUGUAUAAAUAAUAAAAUGAAUAAGAAAGGGAAAGAAACGUUAGAAAAAUUGCCACAUAAAAUAAAUAUAUGGAAGAAUUAAAAAUAAAAAAUAUGGAAUUAACUGAAUAAAAUUAAGAAUUAACAAAAAAAUCAAUUUAAUUAAAAGAAUUAAUUAAAGAAAAUGAAAAGUUAAGGGAAAACAAUUCAAUAAAAUAAUAAAAUUUAGAUACUCUUUAGCUAGUAUUUUAAGAAUAAUAAAAAUAAUUAGAAAAAAAUUCCAAUUUAAAAUUAGAUUUAGAAAACAAGUUAGCUUUUAUGAAAUCUGAAUAGUUCUAGUUAGUUUCAUUUAAAGAGUCUUUCCCUUAUUUAUUAAGGGAAUCUUUAAAAUAUAUACUUAAUAGAAACAGUAAGUUAAAACAUUCUUUAAAAACUCUUAAUGAGGAAGAUAUUUAAUAAGUAAAAGAAUGUUUUUUAGAAGUAGGAGUAGAAUUAAAUUUAUGA